AACGCGGUUACCGUGGAAACCGCGGCCAUGGCUGCACCGCGGCAAGUCCCCAGCCACACAGUGCCCCGUAAGCCCAGCUGCUCUACAAACUCGUCGUUCACCCGGACGCCGGUGCCCACCGUGUCUCUCGGUUCCCGCGAGCUGCCUGUCUCGCCGUGGCAGGUCACCGAGCCGUCGAGCAAGAAUCUGUGGGAGCAGAUCUGCGACGAGUAUGAAGCUGAGCAGCCUCCCUUUCCAGAAGGAUAUAAAGUCAAACAGGAACCUGUGAUUACUGUUGCGCCAGUAGAGGAAAUGCUUCUUCAUGGCUUCAGUGCAGAGCACUAUUUUCCGGUUUCCCAUUUCACCAUGAUCUCACAUACACCCUGUCCUCAAGAUAAAUCAGAAACAGUCAACCCAAAAACAUGUUCUCCCAAAGAAUAUUUGGAAACUUUCAUCUUUCCUGUUCUGCUUCCCGGAAUGGCUAGCCUGCUUCACCAAGCGAAGAAAGAAAAGUGUUUUGAGAGGAAAAGAACCAAAUUCAUUGCCUGUGAUUUUCUGACCGAGUGGUUAUACAACCAAAAUCCAAAGAGGGCAGGGGAGCCAUUCACAGAAUUUUUCUCCAUUCCAUUUGUGGAGGAGUGGCUAAAGCAACACCCACGGCCGCCAAUCCCACUCUCUCUCCUGCUGACAGAAGAGGAAGCGGCCCUCUACAUUCAAUCCUUCUGGAGAGCCUAUUUGGUUCGCUGUGAUCCGGAGAUUCAAGAACUGCGUCAGUGGCAGAAGAAACUGCGCGAGGCCAAGCACAUUCACCAGCGAGUCAAAAUUUUCUGGGCCAAGCAAGAACAAAAAGUGAAAUGCAAAAUGGAGGAUGAUGUGGUACCUGCAGGCAAAAUGAAAAUUCCAUCAUCUUAACCACAACUAAGAUGUAUCUUUGCCCAUUUGAGCACAAGUUACCUCGUGCAAGGAAAAUGUCCAAAGUAUGCUUUCUCUCUUGUGAUUUCUUUAACAAGACUUGGAACAUAUGAAAACGGAAUCUUUUCUGUACAAGAUAGGAUUCAUUGCAAACAAGCUUUAGUGCAAGUAGUUUAGAAAAGAAAGGACCAGUCUUCACUUUCUGCAUUAUCCUCACAUUUUAUUCAUUCAUCCAGAUUAUUUCUUCAGUGCCUCAGGAGUAUCCUUCUACACCAGCUGCUGUUAAAAUGUACAAUGAGCUCUAGUCCCAAGGGAUACAGAAGUGCUCUUAUUACCAGUUUUCCCACUGUUGGCCACUUUUGCAAAGAUCCGUAUUCUAAUUUAAGUCCCCAACCUCUGAAUUUGGUUUUAAGUUUACCUAGUGACUGACUACUCUUUUUGUAACAAAAGACCUUAUACUUAUGAUCAUUUCCAAAGGAGACCACCACUUUUACUGCAAACCCAACAAGAUGAGACACUUAAACCCAGACAGAUGUAACAAAGGAUUUCUGUUGUCUAAGUCCCAAAGUAUUAUAUAGAAAGUUUCUGCUUUUAUGGGUAAAUAAGCUUAUUAUCUUAAUUUGUUCUGUGGUUUGCCAUUAACCAAGAUUCUCCCGUUUAAAAUGCCACAGACUGAGCCUCAGGGCAGAUCCAAAAGCCUAGUAGUUGCACUGAGUUGUUUUCACAAGCUACCACACGUCUUAAGUAAAUAGUAAAGCCUUUAUUUUUGUGUUAAGAACAGCAUUUUGAAAAUAAAACCUAUCUGCCCAUGCUUUACAACCUUUUAAAUUUGUAAUAUUUAUAUAGUCAUUUAUGGUACAUAUUGAUUGUCUUGAAAUUUCUUUAACUUCUUUUUUAUAAGUAUGCAACAGUCAGCCAGGGGGAAGAUAAAGGUACAUUAUAAAACACACAUUAAUGCAUUUAAUAAAUAUAUAUUAUCUAUCAAAAAUGAGCCUUAGCUCUUCAUCAAUUAAUAAAAAGCACCUGCUGAGGACUCCUGUAAGCUGGUAUCAUCAUUGCAUCAUUGGAUUAUAAAAGCCACAAUGCUCCCUUUCAGCUUGAGGUUUGGCCUGAGGCGUUCAACUCAGCCUCGGCCAACCAAGACCACCACCCGAAUUCACCCUUGUUCAGUGGGCCCUGACGGCAUCUGGGCUACAAAAAAAAAAAACACUGGGCGCCCAACUUCCAACAACUGGAUCUUCAACUCUGGAAACCCUGGAGAUGCACAGAACUUCCCAGUUUGUAAGCUGUCAGAGCUGACUCCCUCUCUUCCCACCCUCCAUUCCCAGUGGGGAGAAAUCCAGGCUAGAAUGACAAUUUUCUAUUAAAAGGGGGGACAAGAGUGGCUGUUAUAGUCCCAAAGCGAUGUUAACAACCAGACACGGAACGAUUUGUGCUUACAAUGAGAGAUUUUGAUCACAGAUGCUCUCCUUCCAGGUCGUUUUCCCUAAACGAGUCUUGUUUACACAAACAGAUCUUAAAGAGAGGUGCCAUUUAAUUUUGUCUUUAAACCUUGCUCCACGGGGGGCAGCUGGCUGCUACAGUCUUGGCAAAGAUGCCUCUUGGUACUUUUCAGGUAAAGUCAUUAGAAAAAGAACAGCGCUCUCCCUUCUCCCCUCACUCCCACCUCCGCCCCCAUGAUGAAGGCCUUCAGCCCACUCUCAACCUUAAAAGCCAAAAUAAAACAAAACCCUAAGUGCAAUAACAUAUCAGAUUUAAAAGGGGGGUAAAGGUCUUAUUAAGUGAGGCUUCCCAUGGCUCAAAGAUGGCUCUGUUCUUAGGUUGGGGAAGCAUGACUUUCCAUGGCAGCCAUUUGUGCUGUGCUCACCUUGUAUGCUUGGACAAUAAAGAACUUAGAAAACGAA